CCCGUUACGAUUGAAGCUUCCUGUGGUCCCCAGCUCGGCCUGUCUACGCUGCAAAAGACCCGCUAAGCCUCGACCAGACCCCCUGCUCGCUUUUAUUAUAAAGUCUACCGCGCCCUGCGGCAGGACUUUGUAAUUUUCUGGACCGUCCGAGUCAGUGACUAGGGCGUCCAGAGUGACUCCAGCCAGGCAAAAUGAAUCCGAUAUCUCUUUUCCGCUUCGCCCCGUCCCAGCCCAGCGCCCUGCUCGUCUCGUUCAUCUUCAGGAUCAAGUCUACCGAAACCAACACCAUUCUUUACUCGGCCGUCUAUGCUAUGAACUGAAUAGUCUAUCUUACUCCGAAUCACCACUUAGUCUCUCGACCGCUUUCUGCCUUGUCUCCGGUCCGGAAUAUGCAUGCCGUUUCCCAUUCUCUCGCCCAUCGUGGCCCAGGUGCAACCCGCGCCCGGGCUCGGUGGCAGCCUUACGCCUCUCCGUCGCCUUCAGUUUCAUCAAGGUCUUCCGUCUCCAGCAAUUAUCCAAAUACCCCGGCCUCGUCUGUAACAACAUCUCCAGCCUCUACUUAUGCCCCUUCUAUAUGCGACUUCGAACGACAACAGAACCCGCUUCCAAAUCCUCCUUCCACAUCUCAAGCGCCCAAGGAGGCGCAUUAUCGGGACACGCAAAGAGGCAGAUAUUUGACCAGUCUCAUCGACCAGGCCGUCAAAUCGUUAUGCGAGAUUUGGCAUCCUGCCGAUAUCCCAGUCGUCUUCCAGACCUCCGCCCGCGUCCCGUUCUGCGCCCCUUCUCAGACCACCACCGCUCCCACCACCAAUCAGUAUUCCCACUCUCACCACCAUACACGAAACAUACAACUUCUUUCUCCAGUCUCUCCAUCCUCCCCGUGUUCGCCUUCCUCCCAGUCCUCAACAUCCUCUCCUUCCGACUCGUGCAUGGGUGGCCCGGCAGCGGCCGCCCAGUGUUCCAAAAGCAACUUGCUUCCACUACGCAAUUUCGUACACGAAGUCCUCCGCCGUUCCAAGACUUCCGGGUGCGUGCUUCAGACGGCGCUAUGCUACCUCGAAGCCAUCCGGUGCAAGGUCCCCGAGUUAAUGCGAAAGGAGAGAGAUGGCGAGGGAGCCAAGGGCGAGUCGGAAUCGGCUAGCCGCAUCAUCUUUCCCGAGGAAGAGGACGCCGAAGCCCUCGGCGUCUCUCUUGAAUCAAUCUCAAGUAAGUGCUACGUCAGUCCAGCAACCACCUCGUCGGGCGACGAGCAAGAUACGGACGUGAUGGACACCGUGCGCAUCCAAGACGGGUGUGCUGCGGCUCCUCAGUCCCAGUCUACCGCUGGACCCUCGACAUCACUCGCGGAAUCGUCUACUCGCUUCGCCGGGUGCCAUCCGUGCAUGGAAGGGAUACAGAAGAAACCAAAAGGUCCCUCGGCGCCGCUCCCACCUCUCCCGCGGCUGCCGUCGCCCCUGCUCUGCCCGCGCCGCGCAUUCCUCGCGUCGCUCAUUCUGGCAUCGAAGUUCAUGCAAGAUAAGUGCUAUUCUAAUCGCGCAUGGGCCAAGUUGUCUGGUCUCCACCCCCGGGAGAUUGGUAGAUGUGAGCGCGCGUUGGGCGAUGCGCUCGAGUGGAGGCUGUGGGUUGGGAAGGCGCCGACGAAGUCGGAGAGCGCCGGCGCGCGCGGCGUUGCUAGGUGCAAGAGCGAAGCCGAUCUCGGGCCCCCGUCAAGGAGCUCCGACUUACCUUGCUUCAACGCCUACCCGUCCUCUGCGCCGAGUCAGUUUAACGCAAGUUCCGUGGAGUGGACUGCCUGGCCUACAGUUUCCAACAGUGCUCCUCGUCCGAAUAUGCUGAGAAGGAGCUCUACGGUGCCGGCCCUUCCUACGGGGACCGUUAGCGAAGAGUACUCCAUGUUAACCUCGAUGGGCUACAACCCUCGCUCUGGGGCGUCCAGGCAGCCAGCACACGAUGCAAUCGCGACCUUCAACGGUGCCUCGGACAUGUCCUCAUUGGCAGCUAUCUUUUACGAGAGUGCAUUCUCCAAUGGCGAGGGUUGCUCGUCUUGGCCUGGGGCAGCGGCGAACGUGGACGGCUACCAGAGGAGGCCGUGGGCCGCCCCAGUCGAAGAUAACAGCCCUCCGACGCCGACGCUGAGCUACUCGCCAUCGUCAACGACGUCCUCCGAGUCGUCCUCUGACGGCGAUCGGACGAUCCAGAUGACGGCGCUCUCGGAUGCGGAUGUGCCGACGCACCUCCUGCAAUUCCCCCCGCUGCUCGGCGGCGGGUUCCCGGGAGCCGCCGACUUCAUGAAGGCGACGUCCUUCCCUUUGUCGGUUCCUGUCGUUGUAGGGGGCAAUGGAGCUCAGUCUACAGUGGACAUAUCCUGGUUCCACCAAGCUUCGAUGGUGUCCUCGUCGGGCGCGCUGGGUGUCCACAUGCUGGGAGGAUCCGUGUAUCAACAAUAGUCUUGUAUUUAUGUACCCGUUUUUGAUCUCGUAUCGUAUCGUUUCUCUUUUCUUUGCUCUGCGUACUCUUAUGGUUGCCCUAUGCCCCCUGUAGUUCUUUACUCUGCUUCCUGGAUGUUUGUGGGGCGUUGUACAUAGUAGAAAGUUGGUUGCCUGUUUUCGUAUGCUAUUGACUUCAGUCCCACGAAUAUACGGAUAUUGGCUGUCGGUCCAGGGUUGGGCGUGCUGUGGCCGGUCGUGUAGGCUCUAGUGUACUUAGAUACCCUCAUAGAAUUCUCUUGCCGGACAAUCCAUGAGCUUCUGCAACAUGGGUGCCACUGUUACCC